UCCUGCCUCGCCGCUGCCGCUCGUAGCUGCCGGGCUCUGCCUCGCCCGCCUUCUCUCCCCACCCUCCUAAUCCCCACCACCAGCCAUGGCCGACAUGAAGACAGGCAUCUUCGCCAAAAACGUCCAGAAACGCCUCAACCGCGCUCAGGAGAAGGUUCUUCAAAAAUUAGGAAAAGCAGAUGAAACUAAAGAUGAACAGUUUGAAGAAUAUGUUCAAAAUUUCAAACGGCAAGAGGCAGAGGGUUCCAGACUCCAGAGAGAACUGAGAGGAUAUUUAGCAGCCAUUAAAGGAAUGCAAGAUGCCUCAAAGAAGCUUACAGAGUCUCUCCAUGAAGUGUAUGAGCCAGACUGGUAUGGACGUGAAGAUGUGAAAAUGAUUGGAGAGAAAUGUGAUGAACUUUGGGAAGACUUCCAUCAAAAACUGGUGGAUGGGUCAUUGUUAACGCUGGAUACAUAUCUAGGACAAUUUCCUGAUAUCAAAACUCGCAUUGCAAAACGAAGCAGAAAGCUAGUGGAUUACGACAGUGCAAGGCAUCAUCUAGAAGCCCUGCAGAGCUCAAAAAGAAAAGAUGAGGGCAGAAUCACCAAGGCAGAAGAAGAAUUUCAAAAAGCACAGAAAGUGUUUGAAGAGUUUAACACUGACUUGCAAGAAGAGUUGCCAUCUCUGUGGUCACGACGAAUUGGCUUCUAUGUGAACACCUUCAAAAAUGUAUCCAGCCUUGAAGCCAAGUUUCACAAGGAAAUAGCUUUACUAUGUCACAAACUAUAUGAAGUGAUGACAAAGCUGGGGGAUCAGCAUGCAGACAAGGCCUUCACCAUUCAAGGGGCACCAAGUGAUUCAGGUCCACUCCGCUUUGCAAAAACACCAUCACCACCAGAGGAGGUCUCUCCCCUACCUAGCCCUACUGCUGGUCCCAAUCAUAUGCUGGCACCAGCGUCUCCGGCACCAGCCCGACCUAAGUCACCUACACAGCUGAGGAAAGGUCCACCUGUCCCACCAUUGCCUAAGCUCACACCCACAAAGGAGUUGCAACAGGAGAACAUCAUUAACUUAUUUGACGACAACUUUGUCCCAGAAAUCAAUGUGACAACCCCAUCACAGAAUGAAGUACCUGAAGCUAAGAAAGAGGAAUCGUUACUGGAUUUGGACUUCGACCCUUUCAAGCCAGAAGCAGUAUCAACAGGAGUUAGUCAUUCACCCAUGUCUCAGACAUUGCCAUGGGAUCUAUGGACGACAAGCAGCGAAUUGGUGCAGCCGGCAUCCACCAUAGCAUUUAAUGGAUUUGCACAGGAUAUCUCUGCAUUUAGAGUGCAAUCAAAUGAAAAUGUGGAAGAGCCUUUGAAAACUGAGGCUGAAGAAACUCCACCUGGGGAACCUAAGGCUGAGGAAACCCCUGCUGCUGCUGCUGUUGUAGAAAAGGAGGCCAUCCCUGCUGAGCCAGCAGAGCAGGCUGUGGAGAAUGUUGAGGCAGGAGAUAAGGAGGCAACUGGAGCUGCCGAGAAGGAAAGCGAGGUGAUGCCUGUUGGUGAGAGCACUGCGGUGUCAGAAGAGAGUGCAGCUGUGGCAGCAGGAGCUGCCACCACUGAGCAGGAGGAUGUUGCUGAAGGUGACAAACCUCACGGAGAAGAAAAAAGGCUGAUAUGUCUCAGCACUCUGUCUUUACCAGCACAAGCACGGAAUAAAGCUCAAACUCUCUUCCUCGUGGAUGGACUCCCUGUAUUUGACGAUGCCUCCUUGAAGCCAGUCUGUUCUGGGUCCUUUACUGGCCCUUUACUAGGAGCCAGCCUCCAUUACACAGCCCAGUCGCUCCCAGAGGACACUGUCAAGUUUAUCUGCAAAGUAACUGGUGGUCACAGUUCACCUACAUCCACUGAUGGCCAAACACAAGUGAUUCUGAAGCAGAGAGAAGUAUCCAUUACCAGAGGGCACAAGACAACUGAAUCAAUGGACUGUAUAGCUGAGGGUAUUCCUGACUUCCAGUACGUAUAUAUACAUUGGUACCGACACAUACCCGCCAAAGCUCCAGAAUGGAUUCUGUACAUUGGACUCAGUGCAGUUUCUUAUGAUGACAAUUCCUAUAGGAACAAGUAUUCUUCUUCAAAGAAAGACACACAAAACAACAACAACAACUACAGCAUCAAUAACAAACAGAACCAGGAACCGGUAACAGCCUCCCCGGCCGCCGGCUCCCCUUCGGUGCAGUUGCGUCACCGCCGGCAGGGGGCGCUGUUGGCUUCCGGUGGGCAGGGCGCGUGCGCAGAUUCCCCGCACGGCUGGAUGGAAGAGGGGCUUUGGCUCACGAAACCCGGUGGGGAUUGUCCGUCCCGGGGCCCCAGCAGGACUCUUGGAAGCAGCAAGCUGGGACAGCAGCAAUGA